UCUUCAUGGCAGCACGCAGACUCGCUGCGCUUUUCGCCGCGGUACUGCAACUUUGUCUCUGUCAAAAAUCGCCGCCGGUGGAGCCGGAAUUCUUAGCACCUCUGGAGAACCAUACCGUGGUCCAGGGGAGAGACGUGUACUUCACCUGCGUCGUCAAUCACCUGCAAUCGUACAAGGUAGCCUGGAUCAAGUCGGACUCGCGAGCGAUCCUCGCCAUUCAAAAUCACAUGGUGACCCACAAUUCGCGACUCUCGGUCACUCACAACGGACACAACACGUGGAAGUUGCACGUAUCGAACGUCCAGCGGAACGACUCCGGCACGUACAUGUGCCAGGUGAACACCGACCCCAUGCGCAGCCAGAUGGGGUACAUGGUCGUCCUGAAACCACCGGACAUCGCGGACGACGAGUCGGCCAACGGCCUCGUGACGAAGGAGGGGGGCAACGUCAGGCUGCGGUGCGUGGCCACCGGGACCCCCGAGCCCAACGUCACCUGGCGCAGGGAGGACGGACAGAACUUCACUCUUCGAGGAGAGGGAGUCAAGCAGUCCGUCAAGACUUACGAGGGGGAGAUCCUGGAGCUGACGGGGGUGCUUCGACAGGAGAUGGGGACCUAUCUCUGCAUCGCGAGCAACGGGAUACCACCGACGGUCAGCAAGCGGUACUCCGUUCAGGUCACUUUUCCACCGCUGAUCAAGGUGAACAACCAACUGGUGGUGGCGCCGAUCAACAGCGACGUGACGUUGCAGUGUCACGUCGAGGCUUCGCCGCAUGCUCUGAACACCUGGCUCAGGGACACGGGGACGAAGUUGUUGCACAGCGACGUGUACUCGAUGGCGGAGGCUGCCCUGAGCGAGUACUCCUGGGUGAUGAACCUGACGGUCAAGAGGAUCGAGAAGCACGACUUCGGGGGGUACAUCUGCUCCUCCGUGAACGCCCUCGGAAGGGCGGAGGGCAGCGUGCACCUGCAAGAGCUGCAUCCCGCGAAGACGACGCCGGGCACGUGGACGAGGAACCCGGACCUCGAGCCCAGGAGAAAGCCCGAGAAGGGCAGGAAAAAGAACCGACGUCCCCCCGGGGAGAGAUUCGACAACGGGGAGAGGUUCUUCCCGGAGGACGACCUCGGGACGACGCAGAUCAUGGGCGGCAGCACGCAAGAGGGUCAACGCACGGAGAGGCCCCUGACGAUACCCUCCAUGUCCCCCCCGUUGGUCGCCGCCAACGCCGCGAACUCGCGAAAGUUCUUCUUGCCGCGAAUGGUCGUGCUUCUGUUGCCGCUCGCCACGGCGCUGUAA